UCGUACUGGAAAUUGCAAGGCUAAAAUGUCCUUUAAGUUUUCUUUUUUCGAAACCCUCUUCUUGUUUUUCUAUAGAAUUCUCUUCAAACAAUUUAGGAACUCAAAGGGUCUCCACAGAACUGUGAGCAAUAACUACAGCAAAUUUCGAAGGUACAAUUCCCUUGCUCACAGAUCAGACCUGUCGAAUCAAACUUUGAUCUUCAAUGUCGAAGGAGCUUUAUUGAAAUCCUCUUCAUUGUUCCCUUAUUUUAUGCUCGUGGCCUGUGAAGCUGGAGGUCUUUUCCGGGUUUCUUUUCUACUCGCUUCAUAUCCAUUUAUUUGUUUAGUUGGUGAAGAGAUGGGCUUGAAGAUAAUGGUGAUGAUCUGUUUCUUUGGGAUUAAACAAGACAGCUUCAGAGUUGGAAAGGCCGUUCUGCCAAAGUUCUUCUUGGAAAAUGUUGGGUUGGAAAUCUUUGAGGUGGUGAAAAGAGGAGGCAAAAAGGUGGGCUUUAGUAAUAUACCUACAGUAAUGAUUGACAGUUUCUUGAGAGAUUAUUUGGAGAUUGAUGUCGUAGUUGGACGAGAGCUAAAGGUCCUGUGUGGGUACUUUGUUGGACUUAUGGAAGAAAGAAAGAAAGACAAGCUUGUUUUAAAGGAAAUAUUAGGGCAGGAGAACAACAGUGAUGUUAUCGGCGUUACUUGCUUCAACAAAUCCCUUGAUGAACAGAAGUUGUUCGUUCAGUGUAAGGAACUCUCGCAACCGUGCAAGAGUACAGGAGCUUUAUUUUUGCAAGGAAAUGGUCAAAUACCAUUCCUAGGACUCUUUCUUAACGAAAGCGUCAAAACAUUAAUACUGGAGUCCAAGUCAAGAGUUAUCGUCUCCUUUCUCUUGAACCCAGAAGCAUCCUUCCUCCUCUCGGUGCAGCUUUCAUCAUUUAUGGACCUCCCUUGUUAGCUCAACCGACACUAGCAGUCUUUUUGUUCCGUUGAUUAAUCAAAUUACAACUCCAUUAGGAAUCAACCAAGGUAUAAUAUGAAUGCUUGUUCAUUGGCGGUUUUAGUC